UAUAGGCAAUGCAAGAGUUCAGUGGGGUGCAGUUUAGAGCCAGUGUCUGGAAGAGGAGCUGCAUCAGAAGUUGAGUAAUAUGCAGUCCUUCAGUUAGUACAGAGUACUUGUUAGCUAGCUUCCAGUGGAGCACAAUGGCACUAAGGAACUCAGCACCUCAGUAUGUAGGCACAGCAGAUCAGGCAGCAGAGGCAGUGACUGGUCUUGUCUUGGACAUAAAGGAGAAGUUGGAGGCCGAGUGUGGUCUAAGACCUACUGAGGUGGUAGUUGGAGGCUCCAUUGGUCACAGGACUGCCCUGCCAUGGAAGUUUGAUGCCGACAUUGUCAUCUAUUCAGAAGACAUCGUGGCAGAGGAAGUGGAGAAGAGUGGCUAUGACAGGUGGCUGGGCAAGAUCCACCACUUCAUGCAGAAAGACCAAGACAUUUCAGAGUGCUACCAGCUCCAGAACAUCACGGCCCACGGGCUCCAGUUCAUCUACGAGGGAGUGGACAUGAAUCUCCUGCUCAGCCCCCACUGGACACGCCCUGGAGACUACUUCAAGUAUCUCAGCAGCAUCUCGCCCUCCCUCAGAUUUAGGUUCUCAGCAUCGGCUGCCAAAUGGCAAGUACAGUUCUUCAAGCAACAGUCCUCUCAGAGUAAGGACCUGUGUUGUGACCUGAUCAAGCGAGCCAAGGCGUGGCGGGACCACACGUGGCCGCGGGGUAGUGGAGGUACGGGUCGGCCCAGCUCCUACCUCGUGUCCCUCCUGGUGGCCAAGGCUUUUGAGAACUCCCAGAAAAAGAUGGGACUGUUCUCGACCAUGUACCCUGACACCCUGGCACUCAAGACGACAGAAGAACUGAAGUAUAUGCUAUUGAACCACAAAACAAUUGAGUAAGUAUCCGCCCAUAGAUUGGAAAUGGGCAGCAAUCUCUCAGACACAUACGUACAUACAUGUCGAUUAUGUAGUUGUUAGUAGUAUGCAGAGCAUUCGGCAAACGUGUGUUCGAGAGUUUGGACAAAUUUUAAACAAAAGAAGUGCAAUAUUCAAGUGUAUGUGCAGUUGGAGGACGUACCAAUGUACAUACAUACUUGGAUAUAGAAAAAUUACAGUUCUGACCCAUUAGGUUAGCUCACUCCGGCUUGCAAAUGAAAAGAAAAACUUUUCACUGAAAACAUAGAGUCUUUAGGGAAAAUUGUAUGUGUGUCCUAUCAAGCAAAAACUUUCAGUGAUAGUUUUUGCAAUGUUUACCGAGGCUAUCUGAAAUCAACACACAGUGUCUAUUGGGAGCACUACUACUCCCUCAGCCAGUACCAGAGCAUGGUGCCCAGCAGUGUCCCACGUGUCAUAGACCCGGCCAACCCCUCCAACAACCUCUACGACACUGGGAUUGGCUACUACUGCGCCAACGAGAAGUCCAGUGACUUUGAGCAAGGCGACGGAGACUGGACUGCAUUCAAGAAGAAGAUACACACAGCCGAUCUCACUAAGCCCAUCGAACACUGGCUAUGAUGCCAACUACACAUACCCACUUCUAAUUUGAUAUUUACAUGUUGUUUCUUUCAUCCAGCAAAUCAAUGCCGUUGUCGUGUGUCUAUCAUUCAUACGUACACACAAUAAUUGUGACAAAUCGUAGCUACGUAACUCUUUGUCUACUGAACUGCCAUUGGUGUUUGGUGUUAGUACACUUACAUCAUCUAUGUCAUUGUCUACUGAAAUAUAGUGCUGAUUAUUCACUUCUUUGCUUUCUACAACUUUGUUUAUUAGUUUAUUAUAACCCAAUAAUCAUAUUUCACGACAG